AUACCAAAUCAAACUCUUUUCUUCUUUCUUUCUAAUGUACGGACAGCCACCGCCCUUCCGCUCUGGCGGCGGCGGCCGCGGGGCUGCGCAACCGCCACAACAGCAACAAAUUCAUCUGAACCCGAAUCUCUUCCCAAACCCCAAUCUUUUCCUUCUGCAACAAAAUCCCAAUUUCUUGUCUCACCUUAACCCCUUUGUCCAAAACCUUAACAGCUUCGCCCAACUUCAACAACAGUUCCCUACCAGUAGUUUCCCUGUUCAACUGAACUCCGACAAUAAUAACUUUCAAACUCCUAGGCCUAAUGGUAAUAUCAACAGCAAAUAUCCGCAGCAAAUUAAGGUGCAAAAUGAGAUGGUUGAAAAACUCGAUAAGGCGGUGAUGAGAGCUCGGGCCGACCUUUUGGCGUCUAAUGAGAAUGUCUCUGCGUGGAAAGUUUCGCAGGCAGCUUUGUUGAUGGUGAAAGCGGAGUCUUGGGAGAGUUUGGGGAUCCAAAUACAGCAAGUGCCUUCGCUGAAUCGUCUCUUGGCUACCGAAGGAAAGAUCAAUGCCUUCAUCCACUGCUUUGUUGCGGUUAGAAGAAUUACUUCAUUAUAUGACUUGGAAGGGGCAAUAUGUGAGAACGAGGGCGUUGAACGAUUUGAAGAGCUUGAAUUGGGUCCCUUGGUACGGCACCCACUUGCUAUUCAUUAUUUUUCUGUGACUUCUGAUAUGACAGAAGUGUGCAGAAUAAGAACUGAAGAUAUAAUUUCUUACCUGUGCGAGUUCAUUGAUAGUCACAAAAAGAAAGAGGUUAAGGUUGAUACCUUUCUGGAUUUUAUUUCCAAGAAGCAAUCUAUCAGUGGCUGGGAAAAGCUUUGUGUACGUGUCCAGAACUUUGGAUUAUAUGUUAAUCAUAUAAAAGAGGCGAGGCAAUUGGAAGAUAGAGUACUUGAAAAAUGUUACCAGAAAAUGAGAGUGAAAUCUAGUAAAAGGAAAAAGAAUCCUCCUCCCUUUUCUGCACAAAAAAAGGAGAUGGAUGACCAUUUUACUGCAAUAUCUCAGCGCAUGAAGUCUUUCUCGUCGGAAAAUACCCAAUUUUGUGGCAAACACAUAAGAUUCAUAUCAUCAAGUUCAGAGGAUGAUGACAGUGAAGCUCAUGACUAUGAAGAUAAUCAGGACGAGAAGAAUACAGAGAGCAACAGCAACUGCAGUUUGUCACAGCUAAAUGUUAAAGACCGUGUCAGUAGCUGCCCUUACCCGUCAGCAACUGAAGAAAUGACAAGGUUGGGAUUGAAAAGUGAUGUAGCGUCCAGCCCUUGCGUGCCUGGUGGUGGUGUAAGGUGCAAUGGAGAUAAUGAGCUUUCUCGAGGAAAGAGGAGAUAUGAGAGUGUGAGCUCUGGCAAUUCUGUGCCUCGCAAGCUGCCUAAAAGGGACAAGUUUGAUGUAGAUCUCAAGCAUAAGCGCCAUAACAAUCAGGGUAUAACUGGUGAUCCACUUUCCACUGAAUCAUUAAAGGUGUUUUUUACAAAUUGGAAGGAGGCAUGCCAAGGGAAUAAUGCAGAUGAGGUUCUUGAAAGGAUGCUUCAGUUUUACAAUACAAGAAAAAAGAGGAAAGUGAAAGAAAUGUUCACCUCAUACCCGUUCGUUGGAUUGCUCUAUGCUGCUGUGACAUAUAUGAAAUUUGGAGUGUGGGAUAAUUUGUAUGACACAUUCCAAGCUUGCAGCCAACAAGGGAUGGACGGCAAACCAUUUGAGGGUUCAGCUGAUUACAUAAGCAUUGAUGUUGAACUAGCUAAGGAGGAUGUUGUUUCACCGCCAAAUUUUGUCACAAAUAAACAUGAUGUCACAGCUGAAGAUAUUGCAAAGAAAAUCUCUGAAUAUUUUGAGGAUUACAUCUUGAGCAGUAAAAGUCCGUCCCGGGGAAACAGAUUUUGUUUCUUGAGGAAGCUUUGUAAAUGCGAGUAUUGGCUAAUUGAACAAUAUUCCACUAACAAGUUUGAAUUGCUCGGUUAUGGAGAUUAUGUUAUGUUCCUAGAGAAAUAUAUGCACCUUCUGCCUCAUGCAUUGCAAUGCUGCAUAAUCGGAGACAUAUCUGAAAAUGUUUCUUUGGAGGCACAUUUGCUGCCGAUUGAGUUGGAUGUGUUACUAUCACAAGCUUUAAAUAGUUUGGGGGGAAAUGAAACUAUGAACAUGCGAAAUAUUUCUCAGUUGCUGGCAAGACAGUUUCCUUUAGUUUGCUUUAAAGUAGUGAACAGUGAACAUAUGCCUAAUUUUCCAGAUCUUUUACAAGAAAAAAGAUGCAGUUUAACAUCAAACUCUGUUUUGUUUUCUGCACCAUUGUUAAAAUUGAACUAUGUGGGUGAUAUGUUGGCUCAAGAUGAGAAAAAAGUAGAAACUAGUGGGUUUGGUAGUAACAUGAUAACUAGAGAAGGAAUAAUUGCUCCAGUUACGACCAAGGAUGCCAUUGAGGUCUUACUUAAAGCUCCUAUGUUAACUGACUUGAACUUUUGGUCGCACUGGGAUAUCUUGUUUGCUCCUUCUCUUGGUUCAAUGGUGGAGUGGUUGUUGAAGGAAGUCAAUACAAAGGAGUUGCUGUGUUUGGUGACCAAGGGUGGGAAAGUAAUCCGUUUGGACCAUUCUGCUACCCUAGAUUCAUUUUUGAAAGUUUUCAUUGAAGGAUCUUCUUUUGAAACAGCAGUGGCACUACUAUCUUUGUAUGCAUUAUAUGGUGGUGAGCAGAAUGUUCCUCUAUCACUUCUAAAGUGUCAUGCACGACAAGCCUUCGAAGUGAUUAUUAAUAAUUAUUUGGAGAUGGAAUUAGAUUACGAUAAGAAUCUGUACAAGCAUGGGAAGCCAUCCUAUGAUCAGAACAUAGUUGGCAAAAGCGCAUCUAGCAAUUUAAGGUGCAAGUUACGCAACAACUUGAGUAUACUCAAUAAAGCCGCUACAGUUAUGUCGAGGUUUACACUUGAUUGUUUGAGUUAUCUGCCAAUUGAAUUUUGCAGUUUCGCUGCAGAUGUAUUGAUUGCUGGGUUGCAAUCUCAUGUAAAUGAUGUUCCUUCAGUUAUAUUGGCCGAAUGUACGCAAAUAGAACGUGUCAUGCUUCAUGAAGUGGGGAUGUCUCUUGGAAUAAUGGAUUGGGUUCAUGAUUACUAUUCCUUUUGUUCCUCUCCGAUGACUGAAUUUUCUCCUGGAUCUUCAUGCUUAGAUGUGGUUAAUUGUCGGUCCAAUAAGGGAUCAGUGAUUGGGCAAGGUGAACCAUACAAGGAUCCUUCUUCUUCAGGUGAAAUGUUGGUCUCUUGUGGUGUAGAUCGUCAUGAUCUCAAAGUUAAGCUGGUCAGUGGUGGAGCUGAUUCAGCUGAUGGUCGGGUUGCCAAUUCAGAACGAUUGUCAGUUGUUGAUAAUCAUAUUGAUAAUGAUCCAGCCAAAGUUAUUGAAUCUAUUCGGCAACAAGAAUUUGGUCUAGAUCAAAGUCUUUCAGCUACUGAAAUUAGAAUGUUGGAGAAGCAGCAUGCUCGAUUGGGUAGGGCACUCCAUUGUCUUUCACAGGAGUUGUAUUCUCAGGAUUCACAUUUUCUUCUAGAGCUGGUUCAAAAUGCUGAUGAUAAUAUCUACCCUGGAGAUGUGGAACCCACUCUAAUAUUCAUUCUUCAUGAGAAAGGCAUUAUUGUGCUAAACAACGAGCAAGGUUUUUCAGCGAGUAACAUCAGAGCACUUUGUGAUGUUGGAAAUUCAACAAAAAAGGGUCAUAAAGCUGGAUACAUUGGGAAGAAAGGCAUUGGCUUCAAAUCAGUAUUCCGGGUUACUGAUGCUCCAGAAAUACACUCCAAUGGCUUUCAUAUUAAAUUUGAUAUAACCGAAGGCCAGAUUGGUUUUGUUCUGCCGACAGUGGUUCCCCCCUGUGAUAUUGACUUGUAUACCAGGUUGGCAUCUGCAGAUGCUGGAAGCAUGGAUCAGAACUAUUGGAAGACAUGUAUCAUGCUCCCUUUUAGAUCGAACUUGUCAGAAGGGCUUGCGAUGAACAACAUUUUAUCCAUGUUCAUGGAUCUUCAUCCAUCUCUCCUUCUGUUUCUGCAUCGUCUUCGUUGUAUUGAGUUUAGAAACAUACUUGAUGAUUCACUGAUUGUUAUGAGGAAAGAAGUUCUAGGUGAUGGAUUAGUAGAGGUUGCCCUUGGUAAUGAGAAAAUGACUUGGUUUGUGGUAUCCCAGAAAUUAAAGGCAGACAUAAUUCGUUCUGAUGUGCAAACAACAGAAAUUUCUAUAGCAUUUACGUUACAGGAGACAAGUGAAGGAGGAUAUGUCCCAAUACUGGACCAACAGCCUGUUUUUGCAUUUCUUCCUCUGCGGAAGUAUGGCCUUAAAUUUAUUCUCCAAGGUGAUUUUGUUUUGCCUUCAUCAAGGGAAGAAGUUGAUGGCAAUAGUCCAUGGAACCAGUGGUUACUGUCAGAAUAUCCUAAUUUGUUCGUUAGUGCUGAGAGGUCGUUUUGUGAUCUUCCUUGUUAUAGGGGAAGUCAGGGAAAAGCUAUUACAGCAUUUAUGAGUUUUGUUCCUCUUGUUGGUGAAGUGCAUGGAUUUUUCUCUAGCCUACCACGAAUGGUAAUUUCUAAAUUACGCAUGUCAAACUGUUUAAUUCUUGAAGGUGAUGAAAAAGAAUGGGUUCCUCCUUGCAGAGUACUGAGAAAUUGGACUGAGCAAACUCGUUCCCUAUUACCUGAUAGUUUGCUUCACGAGCAUCUUGGCCUUGGGUUCCUGAAUAAAGACAUACUUCUCUCAGAUUCAUUAGCAAAGUCUCUGGGUGUGGAGGAUUAUGGACCAAAAAUUUUACUUAGGGUUAUGUCUUCACUGUGCCGUACAGAUAAUGGUUUAAAGUCAAUGGGCUUGAGUUGGUUAUCUUCUUGGCUUAGCACUUUUUAUGUUAUGUCAUCCCAAUCUUUUAUUCAAAUGUCCCUAAGUUUCGGGACUGAAUCUGAUUUGAUAUUUGACCUUCAGAAAACUCCAUUUAUCCCUCUUUCAGAUGGUACAUAUGGCUCACUGGAUCAGGGCACAGUUUGGUUGCAUACUGAGGUGGUAGGCCAGGGUAUCAAUGAGGAAUAUCUUCUCAAAGCUUUCCCAAAGUUGUAUAGUAAACUGCGAAUUGUGAGUCCCAACCUUUUGGCUGCAGCUGCCUCCAUCGAGAGCUCAUGCUCUGACACAACUAUUGUAGAGAAUGUUAUAAAGAUGCUUUAUAAAGUUGGUGUCCAGCGCUUAGCAGUUCACGACAUUGUAAAGGUGCACAUCUUACCAGCCAUAUCUGAUGAUAAAAAUACAGUGGGGAAGGAAGAACUAAUGACAGAGUACCUUGCCUUUGCAAUGUUCCACUUACAAUCAAGUUGUGCUACCUGUAGCAUAGAAAGGGGUGGUCUUAUUGUAGAGUUGCAUGAGAAGGCUCUAAUUCUAACAAAUUAUGGCUACAAACGAUCUAAUGAGGUGCCUAUCCAUUUUAGCCGGGAGUAUGGAAAUCCUGUUGAUGUAAAUAAGCUAAUCAGUGGCCUUGAUAUGAAAUGGCAUGAAAUAGACAGUGCCUAUGUGAAGCAUCCAAUCACCAAAUCUGUGUCUGGUGGAGUGUUGAAGUGGAGGAAUUUUUUCCAGGAAAUAGGAGUAACUGACUUUGUUCAAGUAGUUCAAGUUGACAUAAGUGUUCCUGAUAUUCCACUUGUUAAUUCCAAGGAUAUAGUGUGUAACAAAGACAUCAUGUCCAGUGAUUCAGUUGUUAAAAAUUGGAAAUCUGAAGAGCUGUUUCACUUCUUGUCUUGGAUAUCUUCAAGAGGUGAUGUUGAAAAGUCCAAAAUCCUCUGUGACAUUCUUGAUAGAUUGUGGGAUGACCAUUUCAGCGAUAAGGUUACUGGUGAUUGCGUUGAUUCCUCUGGGGAAUCCAAACCAUUCAAAUCAUCAUUUAUAAGCAACCUUCAAGAUUUCCCAUGGAUGGUUUCAAAUAUCAACAACAAACUUCAUUAUCCUAAAGAUUUGUUCCAUGAUUGUGUGACAGUAAACUCAGUUCUCGGCGUUAGUGCCCCUUAUACUGUUCCGAAGGUGAAAAGUGAAAAGUUGCUAGCCAAUCUUAGUUUAAAAACUCAAGUUACACUUGACGAUGCUCUAUCCGUUCUUAGACUUUGGAGAAGAUGUGAAGCUCCUCUCAGGGCUAGUGUAUCACAAAUGUCCAACUUCUACGCAUUCCUGUGGAAGGGAAUGACUCUUUCAAAGAAGACAAUCAUAGAGGAAUUACGUGCAGGACCUUUCAUAUUUGUUCCAAAUACAUCUGGCUAUUCAGAUGGUGAUAUUGUACCUGGUGCACUUUUAUCGCCUCAGGAAGUUUAUUGGCAUGACAAUAUUGGAUCAGUUGAUCGGGUAAAGCCAAUUAAUCCUGCAAGCAUGGCAAGUAGUCGCAACAGAAAAAUAAUGUUGUAUAACUUGUACCCAAACCUUCAUGAAUUUUUUGUGGACGAGUGUGGAGUCAACAAAGGUCCUCCUUUAUGCAGCUACCUGGAGAUUUUGCUGCAGUUAUCCACUAUCACAUUACCUCAUCAGGCAGCAAAGAGGGUGUUUGAUGUGUUCUUGAUGUGGGAUGACGCACUGAAAUCUGGGUUAAUGAGUUGUGAAGAUGUUGCGUACCUGAAAGAAAGUCUCCUGAAAAAGGACUACACUGUGCUUCCUACUAGACAAGAUAAAUGGGUUUCUUUACACGCAUCAUUUGGUCUAAUCUGUUGGUGUGAUGAUGAUAAUUUAGGAAGGGAAUUCAGACACCUUGAUGGUGUUGACUUCCUGUGUUUUGGGGAAUCCGCUGAUGCAGAAAAUCAGAUGCUCCCGGCAAAGGUCUCGAUGAUAAUGCAAAGACUAGGAAUUCCUGCCCUCUCUGAGAUUGUAACUCGUGAGGCAAUUUAUUAUGGACCAGCAGACUGUAGCUUCAUAUUUUCCCUAGUGAGUUGGGUUCUUCCUUAUGCUCAGCGCUACAUCCAUAAUGCAUGUCCCGAUAAAUAUUUUCAGCUCAAGCAGUCUGGUUUUGAGAAUCUUACACGUCUGAAGAUUGUUGUUGUUGAAAAGUUGUUCUAUCGGAAUGUUAUAAAGAAAUGUGAGAUUACAUCGAAGAAAAGACACGAGUGUAAUUGCCUUCUCCAGGACAACAUCUUAUAUUGCAGUCGAGAUUCUGAUCCACACUCAAUAUUCUUAGAGUUCUCCAGUUUACUAUAUAAUGGGACUCCUGAAUUGCACUUCGCGAAUUUUCUUCACAUGAUUACAACCAUGGCCGAGUCAGGUGCAACUGAGGAGCAAAUAGAGUUUUUCAUUUUGAACAGCCAGAAGGUGCCACAACUGCCUGCUGAGGAAUCUAACUGGUCUCUUCAAUCUUUCUCUUCAUCAAUGGAGAACGAUGGUACACAGCUAGAAAAUGGUCUUGCUGUAAAAGUUGAGGAACAGAACUCUGCCAUGUUCAAGAAGCGAUCUGGCAUUAACUCAAACUGGCCACCUGUUGAUUGGAAAACUGCACCUGGGUUCAACUCUGUUGGUGCCUUUGGUUCAAGAAAACCUGGAGUCAGCAAUAUUGCAGAACAAAAUCUUGGGCAAACUGAUAUAUCUACAAUUGAAAUCAACAGUGAAUUUAAUAUUGAGGUUGAUCCUUCAGCAAUCACUCAUGGAGUAGUUUCAGUUGAGGAGGAGAUUCCACAAUCCCAGUCUAUUCUAAGAAACUUGGUUGCUUCUAGCACGAAUGUAGUGCUUGAUUCUGUUCAUUUUGUCGCACCAGAUAGCAAGAAUGUUGUUCCAUCAAAUUGUAGUGACAGAGAUGAGGAUUUCGCACAACAGGCAUUGCUUACAGGGAGACUGGGGGAACUUGUAGCCUUCAAAUAUUUCCAGGGUAAAGUAGGUGAGGUGUUUGUUAAAUGGGUCAAUGAAAUUAAUGAGACUGGGUUGCCUUAUGAUAUUACCUUAGGAGGUGAUGAUGAUAGUAGGGAAUAUAUUGAAGUUAAAGCAACCAAAUCUACAAGAAAGAAUUGGUUUCUUAUAUCAAUGAGAGAGUGGCAAUUUGCAGUUGAAAAAGGUGAAUCUUUCAGCAUUGCUCAUGUAGUUUUAGCAGAUAACAAUAUGGCAAGGAUCACAAUAUACAAAAAUCCGGCAAGAUUGUGUCAGCUUGGUAAUCUGAAGUUAGCAGUUGUGGUGCCAAAACAAUAGAAGUGUUUCUGCCUAAGCAUGUUUGCUUUUAGGUAUGAGUUUUUGUGCAUGGGUUUGUGGCUUGUUUACCCUGCUAGUCAUGAAAAGAAGCUCCUUUUUCGGCAUAACCAUUCUGCAUUGAGGUCCUCUGCCUCAGGUCUUCAGAAGACAUGGUAAGGUCCAUAAUUGCAUGUCUCAAUUUACUAAAGAGCCAUGCUUGUACCAGGACUAAGAACUUUGGCUUGACAAAAGGUUGAUUCAAGUUUGCUGCAAGCAAAAUAGUGUUCAUUUGUGUACACACAAGAUCAAGCAACAGUUUCAUGUGCCAGUGGCACUGCCAUUCGUGGUAGUGAAAGAAGUUCAUAUUUUUCUAUAGGCUGGCCAAGAGAAUUAUGGAGCUUAUGGAGCUGGUUUUCAUGCAGGCAUAUGUUCGUCCAAUCCUCUGGGUUCCUGUCAUGGUCACGAAGUGCACUAUUGUACAGAUGUUCGGGGCUUCCUAUGGGAAGAGCUAGUGCAUAUGAGGAUUUUGAUUCAUACUGGGGUUUGGACCUCCUUGCACAUGGGCUGAGGUUUGCUCCAUAUGUCCCAAGGCAGGAGAUAAAAGUAAAGUUUUUCCACCUUCAACUACGCGAUGGUCUUCACAAUGUUUAAAGUCGGAAACUCGCAUCCCUUUUUCAUUUGUUAGGAGUAAAAGACAUUGUGCAUUAUAGUGGGUGUGAUAUGUCAACUUGUUCUAAAGCUCGAGGAUGUGAUGAUAUUUUGGGAUCUAUGAGAUUAUUAAAACAUAAAACUGCUUGGGUUAAGAGGAUUCAAGUAGCCAAAACAUUCUUUAUGAAUAUUAUGGUUGUUACUGAAAAUGGUCUUAUUGUUGCCUCGUGGUGGAACACAGGUUUCAUCAACUUAUGGGAUCAGUUAAUGUUGCUUUGUUUGUAUGUAAUAUAAAGCUUUUUCUUUGAGUUA